AUGAUUAAAAAUAAUUACACUAUUAAAAACUAUAUUGUAAAAAUCGACGCAUAGGAUCGUGCGUAUAAGAAUUCAGAGUGUAUUUUAGAUGAUACAACAAAAACGACACUAGCGCACCUACAAACAGAUAAUAAAAGAAGUUUAGUUGAUGAUUUUAUAUAGUUUGUGAUUACUUCUCUUGGUUAAAUCUACUCUAAACAAAGUGGCGGUUUAGUGAUUUCGGGUUGGAUAGAAUUAAAAUAAGUGAUUACUACGAUAAUUCUUCAAAAUGGUAGAUGUUUUAGACAUCGAUAAUGCUGAAGAUUUCGAGGUUGAUGAUGAAGGCGAUCAAGGAAUAGCUCGAUUAAAGGAAAAAGCAAAAAGAAGAAAAGGUAGAGGACAUGGUGCUGAAUUGGUGUCAACGCGUGAUGAUGUUGGGCAUUAUGAAUCUAUGCACGUUGUAGAAGAAGAUGAUGAUGAACCUGGUCCACAAAGAUCUGUGGAAGGAUGGAUUUUGUUUAUUAAUUCAGUGCACGAGGAAGCUCAAGAGGACGAUAUACAAGAUAAAUUUUCGGAAUUCGGACAAAUAAAAAAUUUGCAUUUAAAUUUAGAUAGAAGAACAGGUUUUUUGAAGGGUUACGCUUUAGUAGAAUAUGAAACGUUUAAAGAAGCGCAAGCUGCGAAAGAGGCAUUAAAUGGUACAGAUAUUUUGGGUCAAGCAAUUUCUGUUGAUUGGUGUUUUGUCAAAGGACCUAAAAAAAUUAGAAAGAGAAGUCAUAGAAGACGGUGAAAAUAAA